CCAUUGCUUAUGCCUCUUCGGUUCCUUCAGACGACCGCCCCCGCCCCCCAACAUCCAUGCCAUAGCCUAAAUGUGUGUGUUUGGUUUAUCGAUGGACCACUGCCACAACCACGAUGGUGCAUAUGAUGGAGUCACAAUGCGAAUAUUUCAUGUAUUUUCCUGCGGUUCCGAUAUCAGACUUGUCAGACCCUGGACGGUACCGAACACUCCCAAGACGAAGUCAUCUCUACCUGGGAGAGACUGUGCGCUUCUUGCUGGUUCUGCGGUGCAGCGAUGCGGAGAGGGACACAUUGACAAGAACCGGCAGCGCAUUUGAAUUCGGUGUCGAGAGUCCAAACGGUCGUGCAUGGAGAGAACUGGCAGGUUCGCUUUGCGCAGUGGCGAGUGUGAGUCCAGGGGAAAGACAUCGCUCUCACGCCUACCUCGACCAUGAUCACAGUAGCGGGAAUGAAGGUCCUGAGGAGGGGGAAGAAAAUGAUGGAAGAUCGUCAGUCAGGAGAGAUGCUGGAGGUGGUGGCUUUAGAGAAUGCAAGCCUCUGCUUAUUCAUAACAACGGCAGCGGUGUCCGUGAAAUCCGCAGGGCCCCUCUGAAGUCGCCCUUGGACGAGCCAGUGGUCCUGAGUGAUGAGGUCAUCUUUCCCUUGACUGUGUCCCUUGAUAAACUCCCUGUCAACACACACAAGGUCAAGGUGAUGGUGACUGUGUGGAAGCAGGAGGCUGAUAAAGCAGAGGUGCAGGAGAAUGGUUACCUCACAAUCCUGCAGCAGCAAGCGCCGACGCUCACCUUCCGACAGGAUCUCAACACCUUUAAAGCUCAAGUGAGCACGACUUUGACGGUGCUACCGCCCCCGACUGUGAGAUGCAAGCAGAUGACCGUUGCUGGGAAACAUCUCACAGUGCUGAAAGUGUUAAAUGAGUGUUCCCAGGAGGACAUUAGCAUCCAUGACCUGAGGAUUCUGCCAAACUUCAAUGCAUCGUAUCUACCCAUGAUGCCAGAUGGGUCUGUCUUGCUGGUUGACAAUGUCUGCCACCAAUCAGGAGAAGUUGCCAUGGCAUCGUUUUGUCGAAUGGAAAGUUUUGCCUGCCAGCUACCCAGCAUGCUCAGCUCCUUGGAGGAACAUGACUUCCUGUUUCAGCUGCAGAUGAGUGACAUGUCCCAAGAUGACUCUGAGGGUCUUGAGGUACCCUUAGUAGCAGUGCUCCAGUGGUCUACUGCUAAAAUGCCUUUCACCAACUGUAUCUAUACACAUUACAGGCUACCCAGUAUUAGGUUGGAUCGACCACGCUUCGUGAUGACAGCCAGUUGCCCCAGUAAAGUCAACACACAGGACCUUUUUCGGGUCCGCUACACCUUAUUCAACAACCUACAGGAUUUCCUGGCUGUGAGACUGGUGUGGACCCCAGAAGGGCGUGGCCAAAGUGAAGAAACGGCAACUGGCCCUGUAGUCUGUCAGUCACCUCUCAGUAACCUCGGCCACUGUCGCAAAGGCAGCACCCUCUCCUUCACUGUGGCCUUCCAGAUUCUGAGAGCUGGACUCUAUGAGCUGAGUCAGCACAUGAAACUGAAGCUGCAGUUCACGGCGCCAGUGUCCAAUCCUCCGGUGGACGCGCGACCCCUUUCCCGCAAGAACAGCCCCUCCAGCCCAGCCGUCAGAGACCUGCUGGACCGGCACCAGACCAGCCUGGGCCGCUCCCAGUCCUUCUCCCAUCAGCAGCCCUCGCGCUCCCACAUCAUGAGAGCUGGCAGUGCCAUGGAGCGGCGUGCCAUCACCCCCCCUGUGGGCUCGCCAGUGGGCAGGCCACUGUACCUGCCCCCUCAGGAGAAGGCCGUCCUCUCGCUGGACAAGAUCGCCAAGAGAGAGUGCAAAGUGCUCGUCCUGGAGCCUCGUAGCUGAGGGGAACGCACAGAGAGCGAGCAGCACGGACUGAGACAGGGCGAAACGUUAAAGGAGAAUUCCAGUGUGAUGAAGUGUGUUGAAACAUGAUACCGAGUGUGAACGUAUGUCUCAUAGCUCAUCUCGGCUUGUCCCCUGCACUCAGAUAUCUGCCGCUUGUUAGCCGAU